AGCGUCGACAUGAGCGGUCAGUUUGAGGAAGAUAUCCACGACCGGGGCGAGAGGAAGAGCAGUAAAUCCCCGACGCUGCUCUCCUCUUACUGCAUAGAGAGCAUUCUGGGCCGCCGGAGUCCCUGUAAGGUCAGACUGAUAGGGGCGCAAAGUUUGACGGGUCUGCCCGGCAGAGGGGAGCUCGACAAGACGGCUGACAGGACAGCGAAAGACCCCCUUUCCCUCAGCGCUGACAUGCACCUGCCGCCCAAACUCCGCCGGCUGUACGGACCCGGGGGCAAGUACCUCCACGACCACGCCGAGACGCUGGACAGGGAGCGGCUCCUCCUGGAGCAAGCCAGCGACAGCCUCAAAAUCAGCCAGGCGCCGCAGGUGAGCAUCAGCCGCAGCAAGUCGUACCGGGAGAACGCGUCACUGAGCCGCGGAGAGGGCGACCAGAGCCCCGGGGAGGGCUCGGAGGACGGCAGCCUGGGGCUGGUCGAGCUCGGCCAGCUGAAGUUCGAGGAGGACGCGGGGAAGGAGGAGAGCUGCGGGGACGCGGCCGCUCUGUCCCCGAAGGACGAGGAGAGGGAGAGCUUGAACGCCGGGGAUGGGGACGUGAGGGACGGGGAGGACAGCGUGUGUCUGUCGGCGGGCAGUGACUCGGAGGAAGGGAUGCUGAAACGGAAGCAGAGAAGAUACAGGACUACGUUCACCAGUUACCAGCUGGAGGAGCUGGAGAGGGCUUUCCAGAAGACACACUACCCCGACGUCUUCACCAGAGAAGAGCUCGCAAUGCGUCUGGAUCUUACCGAGGCCCGUGUUCAAGUGUGGUUUCAGAACCGCAGGGCCAAGUGGAGGAAGCGUGAGAAGGCCGGGGUGCAGGCCCACCCGUCCGGCCUGCCGUUCCCUGGCCCCCUGGCAGCGGGACACCCUCUGAGCCACUACCUGGAGGGAGGGCCCUUCCCUCACCACCCCCACCCUGCACUCGAGUCAGCCUGGACAGCCGCCGCAGCUGCGGCCGCUGCCUUCCCGGGCCUGGCCCCACCGCCCCACAACGGCUCUGCUCCACCCCUGGCCACCCCGCUCGGCCUGGGCACGUUCCUGGGCACGGCUGCCAUGUUUCGCCACCCUGCUUUCAUUGGACCCACAUUUGGCAGGCUCUUCUCCAGUAUGGGUCCUCUGACCAGUGCUUCCACCGCUGCAGCUCUCCUCCGUCAGCCUGCCCCUCCUGUAGAGAACCCCUCCCACGCGGGCCCCGUCCUCCCCGACCCGUCCUCUUCUUCCUCCUCCUCCUCUGCCUCGGCAGACCGCAGGGCCUCCAGUAUCGCCGCGCUGCGCCUCAAGGCCAAGGAACACUCUGCUCAGCUCACCCAGCUUAACAUCCUGCCCGCCGGAGCCACAGGGAAGGAGGUGUGCUGA